UGGUGGGAUACCUUGUCACCCGAGCAACAGCGGGCCAUGGCAUUGCUGUUGCUGACUCCAGCGCCAAUGGCGGCCACAACGGCACCGCCACCACCAUCACCUUCGGCAGUGCCAACGACGACCGUGCUGGAUUCGCGAUCAAAGAAAAAGAGACUGGAGAUUGAGGACUUCACUGGCGCCGCCGGGGAAAAUGUGGCUGCGUGGCUAGUGGCAAUUCCCAACGCUGUUCAACGGCAGCUCGCACUAUAUGGAGAAGUCUGGACGGAGCGAGAGUACUACGGUGUAUCGGCGCAUUUGAAAGGUCCUGCCGGUCAGUGGUUUCAUCGCUUGAACGCACACAUCGCACCGAACUGCCGUACCUUAGACUUCCUGCGAUCUAGGCUGCUCGAUACCUAUGGCAGUAAAGUAAACGUGUGGGAGACGCAACUUAGGUUGGUGCAGCACCGACGGCAACCCGGAGAACGGCUGCUAGACUACGCCAACAGUCUUACCGAAAUUGGUGCUGAGAAUCCAGGAGUCACAGCCGAAUGCUAUGUCGAUGCAUUUAUUCGGGGCAUGAACAACCGUGUAUUCGUGCAAUCCGUACGGACAGCAAGACCGUCUACCUUGGAAGAUGCCGUGAGUUACGCUGUCGAGUUCUGUGGCCAAUACGGAGAAGGCUGCGAGGUGACAAGUUGA